AUGACCGAUAAAACGCCUUAUAAAUAUCAGCCACUGGAGACCCCGCUUCACAUAAGGCUGAUGCAUUUACUUCCUGGGAAGCAAGGCGAGAAUAUCCGUAUGCAGAUAUCACACGUUCUUCUGGAGAAGCCAGCGAACACAGCCCCGAAACGUCUUACCCUGAGACAGCUGAGAAAGACCCUACCUCUCAACUGGGAGGUUGUAGAGACAUGGGAAGGACGGUUUAUAUUCAUACAUCGGGUUAAUGAAGCCGCCGCCACGACGUCAAUGUUGACAGAUGAAGGAAGCGCGGACAGGAUCCGUGGAAUGAAUCCAGACAUAGGCUAUUAUACCCUUUCUACGUGGAUACAUCCAAAUGCGAGCAUGGACCCUGCGACAUAUGAACUGCCAUCUCUACAAGACCAAGCCAACUCAAAGAUUGUAUUUGAAGCUCUUUCAUAUGCUUGGGGUGAUCAGCACUUCCCUGCGACAGCAACGGUCGAGGAUACGGCAGGGAAGCCGAUAGGCAGUAUCAAACUCGGGGGAAACCUAGCUACAGCCCUAGAGUAUCUGCGAUACGAACAAGAAACACGCACUCUAUGGGUAGACGCUAUUUGCAUCAACCAAAACGACGAAUACGAGAAGUCUGCUCAGGUCCUGCGCAUGUCAAGCAUAUACAGAGACUGUAGCCGUGUCGUGAUAUGGCUGGGGCCCAAGGAGAAGGACACGGAAGAGCUAUUUUCGUCACUAGCACGCGUUGGCAGAAAGGUGGAAUGGACUACCAGUGGAUUCAUAAUGGCAUCCCCAGACUCGAAAGGUGAUGAAGAAACAUGGUAUCAUUAUAAGGCCCCAGUUCCAUUUUCCGAUGAUGUUUGGCUAGCCAUUGCAACCCUGAGCGAGAGACCUUGGUUCCAUCGCGUUUGGACCGUGCAAGAGGCUGUGGUCGCGAAUCGGUUCUCCAUCGUGCAGAGCAGUGACCUUACAAUUUCGUGGCCUCUCUUCCGCCGCGGAACUCUAGGCAUGAUGGACAAGGAGAAUAUGCCAAGUUUGCGGAUACGAUCGCUCAUGAAGCAUUUCAGAAGCAUUACUACCAAUCCCUUUGGAGCAACGCUGGCUGAUAUUUUCAAAGGAUAUCAGUUUAGACGUUGCUUAGAUCCUCAUGAUAAAGUGUAUGGGGUUCUUGCUGUCCUUCCGCCCAGCUUCGUGGCAGCUAUGAAGCCCGAUUACAAAGAGCCUGUUGAGGAUUUGUACAAAUUCACUUUCCUAAAUAACAUUCGAAAGAUCCGCCGGUGGGAGAUUCGAGGCUGCCCGCGGGACCCUGAGGCUGAAGGAUGUCCUUCCUGGGUUCCCGAUUUAUCUCGUCCUGAUCCCGUUAGCAGAAAUGCAAUGGAUAAUCUGGCGUCUGGAUGUUCCUCUUUGCAUUUUGAGUACGAAGCUCCUAGCCUAUUAAAGGUAGUAGGUAUCCGCUUUGAUACAAUCAAAACUGUUUCAAAGGAAACUUGCAAGUCUGGGGACGAUGGCAAAACUGUUUUGCGGAUUAUCCGAUCUUGGGAGCCCCAGGGUGAUCUCAACAAGCCCUAUCCUGGUGGGGAGACCUUUCUGGAUGCAUUUGCAGCCACUAUGAUCCAAGAUUCUCGAAAAGAUCGCCGGCCUGCUACACUGUACACGUUUGAAACUAUAAAAUCAAGGUUCAAGACUGAGCUACUAUCAACAGCAUCAGAUCCAAUAUCGGAGCUAGAUAGCAGAGAGCUAAUGCAUAUUAUGAUUUGGAAUCAUUGCCAAGCUAGAACCAUGAUGGAAACAGAGCGAGGGAGUAUUGGCUUGGGCUGCGCCUUUGCAAGACCUGGCGAUAUAAUCUGUGUCUUGCUUGGCUGUGACUUUCCAGUCUUACUUCGUCCUUUGGAAAACGACACUUGGAAAUACAUCAGUGAAUGCUAUGUAUGGGACCUGGAAUCCUCGAAAGGUCUUCUAGGUCCACUCCCAUCACCUUGGGAAAUUCGAAUCUUCCACGAUCCCACGGACGGAGCACGUUCAUACAUUCGGUAUCUCAACACUAUUACAUCGGAGAUGACUGAAGAAGAUCCAAGAUUGGGUCCUCUCGAAGGAUGGCAGCGUAUAUCGCGAUGGGACCUAGGGCGAGACUUGAAUGGUGAUGAUCCGUUCGUGUGUGAUUUCUUCAAAAAUGUUGAAGAUGACACCACCACCUCAUAUGCAGCCGAGAGUAGCCUUGAGCGUCCCCCACUUGGGAUAUAUCCUCGAACUAUUGGGCUGGUACUUAUCAACAAGAUCAACGUCAAUGCAGCAACCGCAGACAAUCAGGCAACUGCGACAGAGGAUCCUUCGCCACUCUCGAAAAUACCAUUGGGUGUACUUGUUCGCUCAGUAGCUCUGACAACAGUGAUGGCGAACCGAUGGCUAUUACGACCUUCGCUAGCAUUCAUCGCAAUGGUCACACAGUCUAACUCUGCGCUAUUGAACCCUGACAAGAACCCUGUUCUCAACCGGAUUUUACAGUGGACUAUCUACAACCAUUUCUGUGCCGGUAACAGUAUUCCUGAAGUUAGCAACACUGUUCAGUAUAUCAAGAACCUAGGGUUUCAUGGCAUCAUCCUCGGCUACUCCAAAGAUGUCGUCUUGGACCCCAACGUGGAACUUUCACAGACGGGCAUAGAGGAUUAUCCUAUUGAGUGUUACAGAAUGAUCGAUGAGUGGAAGAAAGGCAAUAUUGAGACGCUGAAUAUGAUUGAGGCGGGAGAUCUACUAGCAGUCAAAGUGACUGGAGCAGGCCCAAUCGCCGUAGACGCAUUACAAGCUGGCCGCCCUAUGAAUGAAUAUCUGCACGCAGCUUUGAACGAUAUUUGCAACGAGACGCAAAAGAGAGGGUGUCAACUUUGGAUUGAUGCAGAGCAGCAAGCCAUGCAGCCAACACUCGACGACUGGACUAUUGUACUCAUGCGAGAGCAUAACCAUGACGGAAACGCUUUGGUUUACAACACUAUCCAGGCGUACCUCAAAGGCGCAAGGCAAAACGCGCAACGGCAUAUUCAAUUAGCCGCACAGGAGGGCUGGACCGUCGGCAUUAAACUUGUACGCGGUGCUUACAUCGAGAAUGAGAUCAGAUCUUUGAUCCACGAUACGAAAGAGGAUACAGAUGCUUCAUAUAACGACAUUGCCGACAUGUUGAUUUCUCAACGCAUACCGAACGAAGCUGCGAAUCUCAAGUUCCCGGACGCCGCGUUAGUAUUGGCUACCCAUAACGCGGAGAGUGCACAGAAGGCUCUUAAUACUCAUCGACGCCGCAUAGAGUCUGGCCUUCCUACGGUGCCGAUGAAGUGUGCUCAAAUUAUGGGAAUGGCCGAUGAGUUGAGUUGCAAGCUGCUGCAGGAUUAUGAACAGGCUGUUAAGGAUGAUAGAGUUACUGCUGAGACGCCCAGGAUUUACAAGUGUUUGCCUUGGGGUUCUGUGCAAGAGUGUAUCAAUUAUCUCUACAGACGAGCUGUGGAGAAUCGUGGUGCUGUUGAAAGGACGCAGCAUAUGGCUUUGGCCAUGAGGCAGGAACUUCGUCGUAGGAUACUUGGCUAG